AACUAUAAUCUAUAAUUGGCAUUUCCAGAUUAUUUCCAUUCAACAACCCUAUUCGAUUUGAAAGAGUAGGAAUUGAUCACAGUGAAGAAGAGAAUGUAACCAAGCCCAUAACAGACUUCCCACUUCUUUCUCAGGCCACGAAGCAGUGUGCAGAUAUGGGAGACUAUUCUAUUGAGAAGCGUGCAGCAAAAUUUGGAAAUGCCCUUGAAAGCUAUACGCUCUUGAGAGUAAAAAGAAAAACAUUUAGAAAAAAGUUUAAAGUUUUAUUUGACUUCCGUACAUACUAUCGCAAUGGACUAUUCCUGUAUGUACACAAUGGUCGAAAGAAGAACUAUCACUUUGCUGUCAUGCUUCGUGGAGGAGCUGUUGUUGUUGAUGUGUUCGAUAAAAAGAACCGAAGACUUGCUAGUCAUGGAGAUUUGGAUGAUGGGCAGUGGCACAAAGUUGUGAUUAAUAAGUCAAAACGAAAACUCUACCUCACUAUUGAUAAUGAAGAAACUCAAUCAAUGAAAGUUCGCCAGAAGUUGAGGGUUCGGUCACUUACUUACAUUGGUGGCGUAUCCAGGCAAAUGAGUUUAGAAGAAAGAUUGGUUAAAGACAGUCUUAAAGGAUGCAUUCGCAACCUUCACAUUAACAACAAAUAUCUUGACCUAGCUGCUGGAAAACCAGCUCAAGCUAUUGGUCAGUGUUUGGCCCGGAUUGAACCAGGAGCUUACUUUGGUGGAGAUGCCUAUGCCAUUUAUGAUGACAAUUUUAACAUUGGAGACAGUUUAUAUGUCAACCUGGAGUUCAAGACCACACAGUUAAAUGGUGUUCUGGUGAGCCUUAGUGAUGGGACUGGAGCAAUUUCCUUCAGCAUAGAGCUUCAUAAUGGAAAGGUAAUAGUUUCAGUGACUGCUGGAAGGAAGGAAGAAACAGUCCAAGCUAUCAAGUCCUCCAUGUCAAAGUAUGACCUGUGUGACAGCAUGUGGCAUCAGGUGACAGUCGAAUACAUUGAAAAUGUUGUCACCUUAAAGGUGGACAUGGAAGACUUAGUGUCUGGCUUUGGAAAAAGUAGUCCAAUCUUAAAUCAUUCUCGCCAUCCUUUGUAUAUCGGAGGUCUUCCUGAGAGUGCACCUAAAGGAUCUCUCCAGAUUCGAGACAACUUUAAGGGGUGCUUGAGAAAAUUAGCCAUCAAUAGCAGAAGACUGGAUUGGGUUCACAUGGUUUCACUUCAAAACGUUUUGCCUGAUUCAUGUCCAUCUUUCUAAUUUUGACUUGUUCUAAUUGUUCUGUUUUAAUUUAUGCAUAAGAUAUGUGUAAAGAUAACACUAAAGUAUAAGUGAUUCAAAUUACUAAUGGUGCUAAUUAAUUCCUUAACCUGUAAUUUACUAAUUCUGAUGUAAAAUUUAUUAUAAAUAAGAUUUUACUUCAGCCCAGUUAAAUGAUAGUUUUCGUGAGAACAUAAACAUGCAGUUCCGAGUAUAAAGCCUCAAUAUGGUGAAACAGAUUUAUUUUAAGGUUAUACAGACUUACCAUAAGUAGUCCAGUUUUGAAGUCCCUGUGACAUAUCUCAGGAAGCUCAUAAAUAUCUUGUUUCCUAAAUUAACAAGAACAUUGUGACAUCCUUUUGGAUAUAAUGAUUUAAUUCAUAAUUUCAAGCUUUGAGGAGCAAAGAUUUAACAUUUUUCGUCUUUACAAGAUAGUAAAUGCAAUAUAGACCAAUUUUGGACCAGUAUAAAUUAAUGAUACAAACAUAACGUUACUUACAAAGCUCUUAGGUUAUUCUGACAUUGUAAAUAAGCAAUGUACACUGUUAUAUUUUUCACUAUAAAUUUUUAUAUAUUUUUUGUAGCUUCUACUGAGGCACUGCAUGUAUCGUCUAAAUUAUAAAGUAAAUUAGGAUGUGAACUGACUUUGUAGACUUUCAAAAUAUGUAAAACAAAAGCGUAAUCAUAAAAGCCUCUUUAGGAAUUUACAAAGUUCUUCAUUUUUGUUAUAUGACAUGUAUGAUGUUACAAAUUAUGAUUUUCUUGAACUAAUGUAUUGUAAAAUUGAAAGACUUAAUUAGUAAAUUCUCCUUUAAAAGUUGUAUUUUAUUUUUGAUAUAAUUAUUGACAUUUUAUCAGAAAGAAAGAUGCUUUCCAGGUACAACAUAAAUUUCUUUUGAUUAUUGUUUAAAUGAGUUCUAAUGAUACAUACUUUUCUUUAAUCAGAAUUUGUCAAUCAUUGAUUGUAAAUUUAAGAGUUAAUUGAAGUUUGAAAUCAAACUGCAAACAAGUUGCUUUGUAGCAAACAAACGAAACUUAGAUAUUUGUAAAUUACAGAAACUAGAACACUCAUCUUAUUUACAAUUUUUGUGUUAUUUAAUAGCAAAAUAAAUAUAGUGUUGUAAUGUG